AUGGACUUAUUCCCUGUUACAAAAGAAGAAAGGAAACAGAUUUUGAAACAGUAUAACGUCACUGAAGCUGAAGUUGAAGAUGGAGUAAAAACGAUCAAAAUAUGGAAAGAAAAAGUACAACAUCUACCAACAAAUAUAACUGACGACUUUAUUGCAAGAGUUCUACUAAAAAAUAAGUUUCGCGUAGAACACACCAAAGAAAAAUUAGACAAUUAUUUCACACUGCGAGGUCAAAAUCAGGAUCUGAUUUAUGGUUUGGAAAAUAUUGUUCCAUCUAAACACCUUGGUUUGUGCAUGCCAAUGUCUAAAUUAACACCUAACCUUGAACGUGUCGUUAUAUUAAAAUUAUUGAACACAAAUUCCGACAUAUACGACGCAGAAGAAUAUUUUAAAUUCAUCGUAGCUAUAGCAGAGCUAAGUCUACAGUAUGACGACAGCAUAGGAACAAGGUAUAUAUUUGAUUUUGAAGGGUUUUCUUUGAAACAUUUGGUGAAGUUUAAUCCAGUGCUACUAGCUAAACUUUUCACAUUUAUUCAAGUGAAAAUUUAUUCAGAUAUAAAACCUCUGUACGAUAUAAUUCCCAAAGAAUGUUUACCAUCCGAAUAUGGCGGUAGUUGCAGACAAUGGGAUGAAGCCUUUAAAAACCAUAAAAGUUUUUUUAUCGAAAAUUACAACAAUGUUGCCUUGGAGCAUCUGCGACCAGAGGAUAUGAAAACAAGUGAUGCAUUUGGGCCUGACGGAACAUUCAAGAAAUUAACUGUGGACUAG